CAAAAUGCCCUCACAAAAACCAAUGAGGUAUGGACACACAGAAGGCCAGACAGAUGUUUGCUUCAAUGAUACUGGAAGUUGUAUUGUAACUUGCGGCAGUGAUGGAGAUGUCAGGAUUUGGGAAAGCCUGGAUGAUGAUGAUCCAAAGUCAGUUAAUGUGGGAGAAAAAGCCUACUCAUUUGCUCUCAAGAAUGGAAGAUUGAUUACUGCAGUAUCUAACAACACUGUCCAAAUCCAUACAUUCCCAGAGGGCCUUCCAGAUGGUAUCUUGACACGUUUUACCACAAAUGCAAACCAUGUGGUUUUCAGUGCUGAUGGGAGCAAAGUAGCCGUUGGAUCUAGUGACUUCCUGGUGAAAAUAGUGGAUAUAAACGACAGCAGCCAACAAAAGACCUUUCGAGGACAUGAGGCACCUGUUUUAAGUGUAUCUUUGGAUCCAGUAGAUAUCUUUCUGGCAUCAUCUAGCUGUGACGGGUCUGUCAGAGUGUGGAAAAUUUCAGAACAGAAUUGUGAGACCAGCUGGUUGCUGCUGCAGAAAUGUAAUGAUGUGAUAAAUGCAAAAUCCUUAUGUAGAUUGUCCUGGCAACCAAAAAAAGGAAAGCUGCUAGCCAUUCCAGUAGAGAAAGUAGUCAAACUAUAUAGAAGAGAAACCUGGGCUCAUGAACUGGAUCUGUCAGACAACUUCAUCACACAGCCCCUAAAUGUUGUGGCCUGGUCUCCAUGUGGACAAUAUUUGGCAGCUGGAAGUAUUGGUGGCUGUAUAGUCAUUUGGAAAGUGGAAACCCAAGAAUGCCUGGAAAGGGUAAAACAUGAGAAAGGCUACACAGUCUGUGGUCUGGCAUGGCAUCCCAAAGGAGGCCAGCUUGCUUAUACAGAUACAGAAGGCAAUCUUGGACUACUUGAGAAUGUCUGUGAUGUAGAAAGAAAGAAAUCAAUCCAUAAGGCACCUAAUUCUUCUAGCAAAAGCUAUGAUGAACUUUUUGAUGAGGAUGACAAAGAGGACUUUCUGAAUAGGAAUUUCACUGAGGAUGCCUGGGGCUCUAAGGCAGCAACAAAUGAUGAAGACGAAGAUGACUUUAAGAUGGCAUCGGAGCGUCCCAGAAACCGACGUGCAAUAAUAGAAGAUGAUGAUAACUCUCUAGAUACUGGAUUGCUGAAAGCUAAUUCUGCCCUCGAUAAGGAGGAAGAAGAGGAUGAUCUGGAAAAUUUUCUUCCAGUCCAGCCACUGCCAUCAGUCCAGAGGCCAUUCUACGAUGGGCCAUUGCCAACUCCUCAGCAAAAGCCAUUCCAGUCUGGUUCUACCCCAAUGCAUCUUACUCACCGCUUCAUGGUAUGGAACUCUGUCGGCAUUAUUCGCUGCUAUAAUGAUGAGCAAGACAAUGCUAUUGAGGUUGAAUUCCAUGAUACUGCAAUGCAUCAUGCAAUGCAUUUGCCAAAUAAUUUGAAUCACACAAUGGCAGACCUUUCAAGUGAAGCUAUUUUAUUGGCCUGUGACAGCACAGAGGAGCUAGCAAGCAAGCUUCAUUGCAUUCAUUUCAGCUCCUGGGAUCCUAACAAAGAAUGGACGGUUGACAUGCUGCAGGAUGAAGACAUUGAAGCUAUUUGUUUGGGCCAGGGCUGGGCUGCGUGUGCCACUAGUUCUCUUCUGCUUCGUGUGUUCACCAUUGGGGGAGUUCAGAAAGAGAUUUUCAGCCUCCCUGGCCCUGUGGUGUCAAUGGCAGGACAUGGAGAGCAGCUGCUGGUAGUCUUCCACAAAGGCACCAGCUUUGAAGGGGAUCAGUGUCUUGGAAUUCAGCUUAUAGAACUUGGGAAAAAGAAAAGACAAAUUUUACAUGGUGAAUCACUUCCCCUUUCCAGGAAAUCCUAUUUAACGUGGAUAGGAUUUUCAGUAGAAGGUACCCCCUGUUACAUGGAUUCUGAGGGUAUUAUACGAAUGUUGAACAGAAGGCAUGGUAAUAUUUGGACCCCAGUCUGUAAUACCAGGGAGCACUGUAAAGGAAAGUCAGACCAUUACUGGAUUGUUGGCAUUCAUGAAAAUCCUCAGCAGCUCAGAUGUAUUCUUUGUAAAGGAGCUCGUUUUCCACCUACUCUUCCCCGUCCUGCAGUAGCGGUGCUGCCAUUUAAGCUCCCUUUUUGUCAAACUGCAACAGAUAAGGGACAAAUGGAGGAACAAUUCUGGCGCUCAGUCUUGUUUCACAACUACUUAGACUACUUAUCCCAAAAUGGAUAUGAACAUGACGAAAGUGUGAAAGGCCAGGCAGUCCAAGAGCAGCAGCAUCUCUUGAUGAAAAUGUUUGCACUAUCUUGCACACUGGAACGUGAAUUUCGCUGUAUGGAGCUUGCCGAACUUAUGACCCCAAAUGCCACAAGCUUAGCUAUCAAAUAUGCCUCUCGCUCUCGGAGGCUGAUUCUGGCCCAGAGACUCAGUGAACUUGCUGCCGAGAAGGUGUCAGAGCUGGCAUCUGCCGAAGCGUGUGCUGAGCAAGAGGAGGAAGAAGAGAAGCAGCAGCAGGAUUUUAGAAAUCACCUGAACGCUGGGUAUAGUAAUACCCACACAGAAUGGAGUCGUGCUCAAGAAAGAAACCUUCAGUGCCGGCAAAACAUGGAGACUUACAAAGAGGAGGAUGAGGAGAAAGUGAACACCCUUAAUGAGGCACAACCUAGUAAGCUGAGUAAUUCUUCUGAAGGUUCUCCCACACUGUAUGCAAAUGCAUCUACUUCGAAGUCUGCUGUCCUUGCAUCUACCAACCAAGUGCGAGUAAAUCCUUUCAAGGUAUCCAGUAGCCAAAGGGAUGCAUUUGUUCACUCACCCAAUAUUCUGGACAACCUGACUAGGCUGCCUAAGAAAAAUCCCAUGCUGAAUGGCCAAGGGGUUCCAAACAAGAAGAGUCCAAUUAUCAAGCCGUUGAUUCCCAAGCCCAAGUCAAAGCAGGCCGCAGCAACUGCAUUUUUCCAACCCCGAGCACUUAUUACUGAAAAGAAAGUCAGAGAAGACAAAGAGGGAAAAAAUGACACUGUACCAUCUGAACUUCAAACUGUGGCUGAGAACAGAGAUAAUAAAAGGCCAAGGACUGGAUUCCAGAUGUGGCUAGAAGAGAACAGAAGCAGUAUUUUGUCCGAUAAUCCUCAUUUUGAAGAAACGGAGAUAAUAAAAGAAGGCAUGGUUCGAUUCCGAAUUCUGUCUGCUGAGGAAAGGAUGGCUUGGACUGAGAAAGCCAAAGGAAGAGAAACCAGUGAUCCAUCUGAAGGGAAGAAGCGAAAGCGCCCAGAAGAUGUUAACAAUAAAGGGCAAGAAGGCCAAGAGCAAAAAUCAGAAGAGGAUGUAGGCUCUGCUAAAAAAUCCAAGUCAUUUAACCAGUCUACCUUCAUGAAACUGUCAACAUUUGCAUAUAAACAGAGUUAAACAAAUCUUUUAAUUGUCAACAUUAGCCUGUAGCAUCAAAAAAAUUCCAAGAGAGGGAUAAAUAUUGUUCCCCUAAGGAGAUAUGCUAUUGUUUUGAGCAUUCAGGGAAGGGAAAUUUGUGGAAGCAUGGCUAUUACGAUAUGCAGAAUACAUUGAUCUAGGAAUGGGGGUUCAGCACACUCUGGAGCAUGUUCUGAAGUUCUGUGAAACAUUCUGUUCCCAUAGAAGCACGUCUCUAAUGGCUGUAUGGGUGACAGUUAUAGCUUAUCUGUAUUGCGUAGGGUAGUUGGUGACCUGAUUUGCCUUUAUGGGUCUUAAGGCAUUGCCAUUGUAUGUCAUGCUCGUGUUGAGUGGGUUCCAACUGAUGCACGUGAGUGGCCUAAGGCCAAGUAUUCUCUCAAUCGCUCAUUCAGAAUAGCACAUUCAGAUAGUGCUUUACAGGACCCUAAGGCAGGAGACGGCAGAAUGGGGCAAGGAGAGGAGGAGACAUGUGACUCAGGAGAUGAACUGUGUGCUAGCUGGAUACCAAGUUGUGAUUCCAGUCUUGUGUUUUCUCCAUUUCCUCCAUGCCCAUCAUGUAACAAAGGUCAAUUUUUCUGCUUCCUUGACAGCUGAACUUAAUAAUGGAGUCAGCUCAUUAUCCCCUUGCCAUUUGAAUCAACCUUCCAAUGGCUUUUGUCAUACAACUUCCAUUCUAGAAAAAUCCAUAAAAAAUGGAUUUUGGUUAUCUUGGUUCAGCCUUCCCAAGAUGGCUGAAUGGGAUCUGCCAGAUCUGCUGGAUUUCACUCCCAGGCAGCAUUGUAUUCUAGAAGCUAAGUCAAACCCUAGUUUGGGGAAGGAUUGGCAUUAUAGGGUAUCCCUUAGUUCUGUGCAGUAAACAGAGAACCCCAGGCUGACUAUUAUGCCAUUGUUCUCCAGAUCCUACAAUGCUAUAUUUUUAUGUUACUGAUGAUUUUAAAUAAAGCAAGGACCUUUUGCAUUU